GGGUCUUUGUGAAGUCUCAACACGUAGGCCUACUAAAACAAGUGCAUGCGUGUAUGUGCGUGCGAAUGUGUGUAAUUCAACAGAAGCCACAUUUAACCCUUUAGGACUCCUUACAGACAAAACAACAAGUUGGGCAUCCUGAAGCUGCCUUCUUUCUGCACUGAAACUGAAGGCGGUGAAACAAACAAACAAACAAACACACACACACACACACACACACACACACACACACUGUCGCUAAGGAAUGGCUAAUCAGGCGAAAGGCAAAGUGACUUUACCCAAGCAGUUUGGCUCAGACUUGCAAACAGCGCAUAUCACCCAAGAGUCCAUGGACAGCUCAGAUGAUGAGUUUUUUGAUGCACAAGAGAACUUGUGCCAUAAUGGUAACCCCAGGUGUAUCCCCCAGAGUGGCAACAAAGGCCUAGAGAACAAUAGGACAAAGUGUAAGACCCAGAUGCUUAUUUUGGUGGUGCAUGGGGGGAAUAUUCUAGACCCAGCCAGUGGUGACCUGGGAGCAAAGGUAUCAGACGUGGCGAGUCUUUCCUCAGUAGUGGAGAAAGUGACACAGGCUCACUUUGAGGCUGCUAUACACCACAUACUAAUAAAGCUUGUGUCCUGUCCUGCUGUAUGUGCAGAGGCCUUUUCUCUGGUUUCCACCCUGAACCCCUAUAGCUAUGAUAAGAGCUGUGUGUCGAGCAGUGUAAACCACCUUCCACUAGCAGUACUCCCCCUUCUUGCUGUUACAUCUCCACAGUACCAGGACUGUGUGACAUCCGUGAUCUCCCAAGCCAAUGAGGUCUACCACAGCUUUUUACAGUCUCCUGAUGGACAAGGCUUCACUGGUCAGGUAUGCCUGUUGGGUGACUGUGUGGGUGGCGUGCUGUGUUUUGAUGCACUUUGUUUCAGCAACAGCCCACAACAUGACAGUCCUAGUUGCAAAGGGAGACACAACAGCAUGGAGAGCCUAAGGGAUAAUCCUGGAUUUCUGGGAGAGGACGACUGUGGCCCAAUCGCAUGCAAGCGCCUAAGCAAAAGCAACAUUGAUAUUUCUUGUGCCAAUGAUGCAUUUCACAGCAGUCAGGUCCAGAAUGGCUCGGGAAAAAGCAGUACAAAGUGGAAUCCAGGUCAUUUUGACUUUGAGGUGUCUGAUUGCUUUCUCUUAGGCUGUCCACUUGGGCUGGUGUUAGCUUUGAGACACACCGUUCUUCCUUCAGUCAAAGUGACUCAGAUGCAACCUGCCUGCUCUCAGAUCUACAACCUGUUUUACCUCUCUGACCCGUCAGCCUCCAGACUGGAGCCCCUCCUGUAUUCUUGUUUUUACCAGCUGCCUCCAUUCCCAGUUCCACAAUAUCAGCACUCUCCGCUCGAUGAUGGUUGCUCUACCCUCAUUGUUGAUGUGAUCCAUAGCCACCCUGAUGUGUUUCUGGAGGAAGACCCUGCUCUAUGUAGUACUGCAUUCUCUGCCUCUGUGUAUGAAGCAGAGAAUGCAAUGAAGCAGGAGGUUACUGACAGCAGCAAGCCUUCCGGCUGCAUGGAGAACAAGCUAAGCUACACCAUCACCAACAUCUCCAGUAACUGGUGGGGCUCUAAACGGCUGGAUUAUGCUCUUUAUUGUCCUGAUGUAUUGACCGCAUUCCCCACCGUGGCUCUGCCUCAACUGUUCCAUGCCUCUUACUGGGAAUCUACUGAUGUGGUGGCCUUUCUACUCAGACAGGUGAUGCAGCAUGACUGUGUGAAGGCUCACAAAGCAGCACAAUUAGACCCCAACUGCUUUUCCUCUUCCAGCUCCAAAGAGAAAUGGCUACGAAGACGCACACAUGUUAAGUUAAGGAACCUUACUGCCAACCACAGAGUAAAUGAUGUCAUUGCCACUGAGGAAGGGCCACAGACUCUGGUCGGUCGCUUUAUGUAUGGCCCUCUGGACAUGGUCACUCUGACCAGAGAGAAGGUGGAUGUGUAUGUGAUGACUGAACUGCACUCAGGAUGUUGGGUGCACUUUGACACCAAAAUCACCAACAGCAGUGGCAAAGUGUCUUACACUAUCCCUGACAGCAAAAGAUUUCCUGAAGGAAUUUAUCCUAUUAGAAUGGUCGUUAGGGGAGACCAGACAAGUGCAGAGGCUUUCCUGACUGUGCUGCCACAGGGAAUGGAGUGUGCAGUAUUUAGCAUUGAUGGGUCUUUUGCUGCUAGUGUCUCUAUCAUGGGCAGCGACCCUAAAAUGCGUGCCGGUGCUGUGGAUGUGGUCAGAUACUGGCAGGACCUGGGAUAUCUGAUUAUCUACGUCACUGGGCGUCCAGACAUGCAGAAACAGAGAGUGAUUUCAUGGCUUUCCCAGCACAACUUCCCACAAGGGAUGAUUUUUUUCUCCGACGGGUUGGUGCAUGACCCACUGCGGCAGAAAGCCAUUUUUCUUAGGAAUCUCAUUCAGGAGUGUCACAUUAAAAUCAAUUCAGCCUAUGGCUCCAUGAAGGACAUCUCAGUCUACAGCAUGUUGGGUCUCAGCCCCAAACAAAUUUAUAUAGUGGGAAAACCAUCCAAGAAACACCAAAACCAAUGCCAGUUUCUCAGUGAAGGUUAUGCCAUGCACCUUUCCUCACUGCAGUUUGGCCACCAGAUCCGGCUGCAGAAGACCUCAUCUAUGCGCAUGAUAAUGCGUAAUAGCUCUUUUGGUUCUUUUGGUCUCUCAACAAAGCCAGACUUUCCACCCAAACGCACACACCUGCGGCGUACCAUGUCUGUGCAGCAGGCUGAGCUCCCUAAGACACAAAUUCCUAAACCGGAGCGCUCCCAGAGCCAGCCUGAGUCUAAUAAAGACCACAAGUUUGAAGGAGGAAUAGGCCAUAGUAUGUUUGUACUGGGGGGCAUGGACCAGGGUAAUACCAGUCCCUGACAUAGAAAAAAAAAGAAAGAGAAGGAGGGACAGGUGAAGAGAACAGUGUCCAGGUAAGCCCUUUCAAUAGUGUAUAAGGAGUUAUUUUCUUGUCAGACAGUAAAACAACAAAAAUAGUUUGUGGGCUGAAUUGGGGCUUGCUAAUGACUGGUCUUAAUUUCAAUAUGAUAAACAUUUUUACAGACACCAGUGUAUUUUAAUUGUAAAUUUCAUGUUUAUUUGGAAAAAAAGGAUUCUGAUUUUCCAAUGAAGAGUCCUAUAGCUUUAGGUUGCAGUGUAAUUAUUGCUCUUGAAAUUUUGUUUUAUCAUUCUGUCAUCUAUAAAUAUAUUGAUUUGUUGGUAUAUCUCCAGCCUUUGUAGAGCUUGUGUAAUUGUCCUUUCUUUAAUAUUUUAAAGAAUUUUGUGCUUUGCUGACUUCCACUGAAACACCUAAGCGCUGAUAAGUGGUCAUGUAUUAUUUGCUAGUAAUUCUUCCUUAUAACCUGCAAAAUAAUCCAGCUCUUCCUCUUUUUUUUUUAGCAUACAUCACAAUAUACUUACUGUAAAUUGAAAUGGGUUUAUAUUUUAUAACUAUUUUUUUUAUAGUCUUAAAAUAGAAAAUUACUUAUUGUUGAAUAUCAUUUAAUAAUAAUCACAGGCUUUUUGCUAUGAAGUGUGACAUCAUUAACAGAAGCAAAUUGUGGAUUAGUUGUAAAUCUGAACUCUAUUUAAUAUAUUUAAUUUGUUUAUUUUUGUUUAUUUUCAUGCAAAUUUAAACAAAUAUGUCCUCAUUUUUGAUAGAUAACUACACCACCCUUCUCUGAGUGUCACGGUCUGUUUCAUUGCAACACAGUAUAACCUUUAAGCCCAGUGUGAGGGAAUUGUAAAAUCACGUUUAAAUAUGGAACAUGUCGCUUUGGACUUAAAUACAACUCGUUUUACUUUACACCACCUAGCAUGCACAUUCACACACACUUAUAAAUUAGUGUUUUGUGCCGUAUGUGCUGUUUUUUUUUUUUUAUCUGUAUGUGGGAGGCAGUUUGAAACCUCAAAAAUGUGAAUAGUAAUUUUACCUGAAAUGCCUGUUGCUACACUGAAUACACUGCCUUACAUAUGACAAGGACUUGUCCAAGCAUAACUACGGCUCAUUAGAGCCUGCAGGGAAAGAGCUGACAUCUUCCUGUUUCACUCUGUUCAGCAGAGCUUCUUUUCAUCCAGAACAGCCUCAUUGGUAUUCACAGACAAACUCAGGGAGAGCUAUUAUUAGGAACAGGUAUUUUGUGGUCUGUGCUCAGUGAGCUUUCCAUUCCGUAAACAGAAAUAUGAAUGCAAAUGUCCAGUAGAGCUAAAUGUGCAGUCUGGUAAUCUUAAAACAGAUUUCUCAGGCAAUCUCAAAAUCUAGCAAUUACUUAAAAGGAAAUUAUGUUUGCUUAAUUGGCUAGGAGAUCACAGCUUGUAUUCUUCUUUACAAAGUAAUGCCGAUUAUCUUGAUUUUAACAAAACCUAUUCUCAGAUGGGAUUUUAUGCGGAUAUGCCCUUUAGUGUGCUAUUCCUCUUUUUCUGCAGGAUGAUAAUCAUGGGUGUGGGAAGGGUGGGGGAUUGUAUUUCGGUCAAGCAGAGACUAUAGCAUGCAUUGUGCAUUUAGUGUUAGCCUUUUUCAGAACCUGUAAUAGCAGGUAGGAUAACGUUAAUAGGUUUGUUGUUAACACUGCCACUGUGCAGAUAGUGUUUGAUUGGGCUGUUUGUUUGAGUCCAUGUGUGUUUGGUAGCUUAUGCCAUACUACAGAAAUAUAACAUUAAAAUAUUGGUGUUUAACUUGGCUAUACUUGAUUGUAAUCUAUGUUGUAUACUAUGGCUACUUACCUUGACGUUGAAGGGUAUUUAUAAUGUUACAUGUAAACAAGCCAUAGAGCCCAUUCUGUAUGCUGUGCUGUAAAAGCAAUUACACCUUCCUGCAUGCCUGGCUGUAUGCCUUCUUUUAACCUUAAUACUCUGCAGACCUUGUCUCCCUCAUAAGAUUUUCUGCCUCCAUUCUACUGUAGGUUGACCAAUCUUUUACAGAGCUCAUGAUGAUUUGACUUUGAAUGAUUUGACCUUUUCAUCCACCUUUUAAUACCACCACUGGCAUUACAGAGAGAGAGGCAUUUCACAUAUGGAGGGUGAAUACCAUUUUCCUAAACAUCAUUUGGAGCAGUUCAGAAUCAAUAUUUGUCUAAUAACAUGACAAAAACAUAAACAUUUCUAAUAAAAUACAACCUACUCACCAGAGAUGCAUACUCAUAAUUUGCACUGCUCCUCAGAGGCUGUAAGCCAGUGGCACAGCUCAUAAUCACUGGUCUGGUUGUGGCAAACAAACCCUUUCCCAGGCUGAGACAAGCUAGCUAGCUUCAGGGUUGGCCGACCUCUCCUCACGAUGUCUAGCUUUUCUUGAAAAUGUAUUUUUAAGUAUGUCCGAGACUAAAUUAUUUUGUCUUGCUCCAUAGGCAUCGAAAAGUCUAACUCAGAUGUAUUAAUUUGUGCAGAGCGCUACAGACGUAUUUUGCUAGUCGAACUUGGCUGUAACAGUUUCCCUCUGACCAACCAAUCAGAGGAUGGAAAAAUGCUUACGCUAUUCUGAGGCAAAUUUAAAAUCUGAACUUUUUUAAAGAAACAGACUCUUUGCUAAUAGAGACUAAGUUAAAAAAAGGCCAGCACUACUGACUUUGAAGGCCCUGGGCAGAUUGACAAGGCAGCACAUAGAACCCGAAAUCUGAUUGGACAAAAAAUCUAACAUCCACAUACACAUACUGGAAGCAGUUCAGCCAAGAGAAAUUCUAUGAAAUAAGGAGAAUAAAUGAAGACAAUUUCAUGGAACAAAUAUUAUAAACAAUUAGGUCAGGAUUCAGGAUUCUGUGUUUAGGCCAGCAGAGAAGGCUUUGCUGGCCCUGACGGCCCACCACUAAUAUAUACAGUAUAUAUAAAACAUUCUAAAAGUAGUGAUAAACAGAAACAAACACACACACACACACACACACACACACACACACACACACACACACACACACAAAAUCAAAAGCUAUAUAUAUCUACUAUAAUACAUCUUGUUUUUUAUUGUCUGAAUGCAGGACUUACUGUUUGCUUUCCAGAAGCCUAAGCUUUUAAAUAAGUAGUGUAUUUUAUGCAGGUUUCAUAAUUUUUUAAUUGGUUUGCAAUCAUGUAUUUUUACAGUUUCCAUUUUAAAUGCAAUGCUAUAAGAUUUUGAGUGUUGGACUAUGAUGAACUGUUGCCUGAAUCAACACUGUCUGUGCACUGUACUGAAAAUGUGUUUCUUUGAUCAGAUUUGUCCUGAAGGGAAUCAUUUCAUGCUUUUUUUUUUCAAUAAAAAUUACAUUUUUUUCAAUAAAAAUGACCAAUUUUUUUAAAAUAGAAAUGACCAUGUAAUCCAUAUAAUCCUUUAUUGAAUUCAUUAUGUCAACCAUUCUUUCAAUCUAGAGCAAAUAUCUAGAGCUAGAGUGUCUGUAACAAAUACUUAUAACAUCACCUCUCCUUGUAUUCAACGAAAACAUUGUAACAGCUGUAAAAGCUGCUAUACACUAAAGCGCAUUUAGUGUAUUAGUGCAAGUAAUAUUUUAAAUUGAAUACAUUUACCUUUUCAAAUAAGCAGGGUUCAGAAUAUGAGCCUAAGCUAAGAAUCCAAUCUCAUUUAUUCGCUUAAGGCAGUAGCACAAAUAUAGAUUCUCAAUUGUUAUCCCACUGAGCAAGGAGUCACAUUGUUGCUAGGCUGGAGAACAAGCAGUGGCAUGAAAAAUGAGAGCAAGUGCCACUGUUUCUUUGUAACUGUAGUUGUGCACUUAUGGGGAAAGCUGCUGCAAUAGAUAUAACAAGUCUAAAAAUACAAUCAAGAUCAUAUCAGAAAAUCAGAUAUCUGAAAACUUCCCUUUCUAAAUGAUGUACAAACACUAUUUUAUUCAGUCAAGCUUCCCUGUAAUUAUUUUCCAUUAGCCAUAAAAGAACUGGUAGAAUAUUGUGUCUGAUACACAUCAGCAAGUGUAUUCAUGUUUUGCAGUUCUACAGAGAGAGGUGACAUUUGUCCAUUAUAUGAAACAAUUUCACCCAAUUACCUUUUUCAAGGACCUCCCUGUGGAUUGACCUCUUUCAUGACCUGAUCUCCCACUGACUGCUCCACAGGCUUCACAUGUCAGUCAUAAUGCAGUAUGAUAUAUUGCUGUAAUGUGCCCACAGUGGUUUGGGUUUAAGAGAUUCUAAAAAAGAAAUUGCUAAAACAUUUUGAACUACUGCUGCUGAGUCUGGGUCUUUAGAAAAUAUGUAGCUAUUUGUUAAAUCCAUCAUCCUGUCAUAGGUUUAAUGAGGGCUGAAUCCUCUCAGUCUCUGUGUAUUCUAGAGCUUGCAGUACCAUUACAAUGGCAAGCAAAGUUUCCUCCCAUCUGGUCCAUGAUGGACCAUUUUCAAGGAUGAUUUAAUGGGUUAUUUCAAUCAUUCCCCAGUUGCUAAUGAUUGCAGGUGGCUGCAUGGAGUCUCUGCUUUACUCCCUGCUGUCUGUACUUUAUCCCUAAGUCUUUUACAUUGACAGUGGAUGCAUAUGAUAAUACUUCACAAAAAGGUCUCUGUCAGUCCACACUGUACAGCUGGACAUUUCUGUACUAGUGGCAAGAGAGUGAAAAACAGAGCACUUAGAUUUUUGCAACUCCAGUAUUCAAUUAUCAGUUAUAAGUAGAUUUAUAAAAUUUAUUUCUGCCAAUUUUGUUUUUGUUUUGAAAAAGCUAUUGUUUGACAUAAAUAUUUAUUACAAAUAGCUGAAUAGUUCUCUUUUACUUUUUCGAUUUAGCUUGACAGUUACUUCAAAUUCAGUUAGUUCAAAUAUUAAUGAAUGUUAAUGUUGCAAAUGAUGUUGGCUUUACUAGAUACCAAACACAUCUAAUCAGCUUAAUUGAACUUGGAGUUAUUAGAUUCAACAUAAUCUGUUUCCAUUGGGUUUUUUCAUUAUAGCCUUUACUGUUUGCAUCUUAUAAAAAAGUUUACUAGAACCAGUAUGCAUCUGUACCUUCUCAACAAAUGUGUGAAAAUUUGUUUCCCUUAUUAUGUAUGUGAGGCACAUAUGGUGCACACCCUUCAGCAAAAAAAAAAAAAAUUAGGUGAGUCUUGUCCUAGAUGAUAUUGUUGAAACAGUUAUAUGGGUAAUGUUUUUAUGUUUACUGCCCAGUAACAUGUCAAGCAAGAGAAUCAUAGUCUUUUUCUACAGAUUGCAUGACCCAUACUUCAGGUGCAGAUUUACCUGAUUUUACCUGCAAGAAGACCACAUUCAGGGCAUUGUUUGUUGCUACAUUUUCAGCACAUAAGCAUGCCAUAUGUGGUGUUUUUUUCUUAGUGCAUGACCUCUACUCAAAGAUGUUUUCAAAGCCUCUCAAAAGAUAAACUCUUGCAAGUGAACACAUGCCUAUCUUAAAUGUAUUGGUUCCUGGCCAACCUUAUAGAGUUCAUUGCAGUUUUCAGUGAAAAGUAACUUUAAUGUUAUGAACAAACAUCCAUUAGUAAUAGGAAAAUAUUGGAUAACUUUGUGAGUCAGAUGCUUUUUCUCUUCAGAAGCAUAUUACACAUAAAUGUCAAUUUCAACCCCUUUUACUAAGAGAAACAGUUCAUCGAGCAGAUGAAAAUAUUCCUCUAUUGCAGAAUUUAGUCAUCUAUUUAUCAGAGUAAAACAGAGGAGUAGGCAUGUGGGGACCAAUCUAGUGGUAUUCCACAUGCACUAAAUGCCCAAAUAAAAAAGAAAAUUAUAUUUAUAGUCUCUUCAGUUUAGGCAUGUCAAUAUGUUGAGGACUUUUGCACAGUUAUGUUAACCAAAUUUCUUUACACUUCUUGAGGAGAUUAUGCAAAAUGAGGAGGGGGAACUAAUUAUGCUUCCUGCUGUUUUAAUACUGAAAAUAGAUUGCGCUUCUGAAAUUGUCUCAAUUGGACUGUGAGAAAAUUAAUUUUGCCACAACGUAUUGUUUGCAUAAUAUAUCCAAUAACAGUGUUUUCCCAUGAACUGUGAAAUGCAAUGUUUUAGGAUGUUGCGAGGUACCCACCAUUGGAGCACUGUUGCUCACAGUUUGAAAAAAACUUUUUAUGUUUACUUUUAUAUUAUGCCUUGUUUCUGUUGAUUAUCUGUUUGUUCCUGAAGCAGGGAUUAUUUGCUUGCAGAGAUCUCUUCGGCUGAAUUGCUUGAAUGAAUUUGGGCAGCUGUUAGUGCUGAAACUGCCACUGUAGUCUUGGUGAAAGCUCUCUGAGUGCUUAAUGUUUUGUAUGACCGAUUUGAACACAGUGUAACCCAAAUUUACCCAGCAGGGCCCUAACCUGCAUCUACACAAUACUAACCAGUAUGACUAAGGAAGCUGUUAUUUUUAUUAUGAUUUCCGAAAGGUGCCCAGCAUAUUGCUGCUCUUUGAAUCACAUUGCAAUAGUAUCUAUUAUCAGCCAGGAUCAUGAUUAUAUUAGCAGUCUUUUGUAUUCAUGCAUAAUAUAUUGAUUAUGCAUUUAUUUUAAAUAAAUUUAAUGUUUUUUCAGGGUUACUACAAGUUUAAUCUUAAUCAUGAAUGUAUAUUUGAAAGUUGCUGGAAGGAUAGAGUUUUAGUAACCAGUAUCUUAUAGCAAUAUUUUCAAUUUAGUGUGUCAAUACUGUGUGCUAGAAGAAGAAGCAUCUGAAGCCCAGCUGUCCACAGACACAGAGCACAUUCAAAAUGGGGGUCCAGAAUGCCUCUUAUAUUUACAGUACUGUGUAUACCAGACAAUCACCUUAUUCAGGACAAUCUUCAAGAGUAGGUGAAUUGGAUGGGAUUACCCAGGGCCUCUGCAGCAUUGAGGAAAAUUGACUGCAUCAUCUCAAAUUACAGUGAAAUAUAUGGGUGAUGUGGUGUGGGUGUUAAGAUUCUGCAACCAAAGCUUUUUUCUAGUAUACUUCUUCUAAUACUUCUAAUGUAUAAUGAAUAAAAAAAUGCAUGCAAUGAAUUAUAGUAACUAUUUACAGAGAUUUCAAAAGAAUAAAAAAUAAAAAAAUAUACGAUAUUUUUUGUCAAACCUUUGUCAAACUAUUGUGUAUGUGAAACUUUGUUGUUUAAAAAAGCUUUAUUUUCAGUUACCUUGGCAAACAGUACGGACCUCACUUUCUGCACAGUGUAUUGUCAUGCUAAAACUAGGGCUUUGUAGGUCCAUUGAGGGCAGAGGUGGGAAGUACAAAGUACAAAUACUGAUUUUUCUGGUAUCAGUACUUUACUUCAUUGUUUAUUUUUUUUGGACAACUUUUACUUUCACUCUACAUUUUUACACGAUAAUCUGAACUUUCUACUUCUUACAUUUUCAAAACAGACCAAGUCUCAAAUCAAGCACCAAAAUCCACCAUGAUGCACACAAUUAACCCUCUGGGGUUGACAAACGCGCCAACCCGUUGUGGCAUUUUUUCCUCAUAACGCAGAAACUAACUUAAAUUAUUCUUUUUUAUUGUACAAAUAAGAGCAAUACAUCGUUAGAAUCUG